AUGGACGCAGCCAUCCAAGAGCCAAACCACAAGCGCCGAAUUCGUCGAUUACCUAAAGAGCCUAUCAUUUCGGAUUUCAAGAUCGCACCAAAAGGACUCGCUCUUGACUUUUAUGAUCCUGACUGGUUCAAGAAUCUAUCUCCAGCUCAACAAAACACAAUUCCAAACCGUCGCAAAGUCGCUCUGCUACCCAAUGCAAAUGAGUCACUCUUGCCAACAGGUCAAACUCAUCCGGACGAAAAGUUAAAGGAUACCACCUUUAACCGAAUCUAUCUCGACAUCCACUCCGCUGCUUAUGCACCUCCUAAUGGAGAUGAAGAAGAGGUUUCAUCUGGUGACGAGGACGAUGGCAAGGAGGAGGGUGAAGAAGGGGAAGGAAUCGACAAGACUGGUGAAAGCUCUGAUGCUUGCGAUGACGAGUUCUUUGAAGAAGGUGAUGCUGGGGAUCUUUAUGAUCCGCCAGCAAAUUUCACCGACAAUGAAGAAGUUGAUGAUGGUGAUGAUGACGAAGAAGAAGAUGGCGAUGACGAUGAAGACAACGACCAGGAGGAUAGUAAUGGUGAACUUAUAGGUGCUGUUCACGAUGAUGAUUACGAUGAGGAAAUGUACGGGUUAGAUGGAGAGGCUCAAUGGUCGUAA